ACUGGCCAGGUAAGAAGCUUGGGGAGGAUUGAGUGGGACAAACUUCUGGAGAAUGUGCAUUGUUUGAUCAUAAGUGUGACAAAAACUGACAAGCAGGAAGCUUAUGUACUCAGUGAGAGUAGCAUGUUUGUCUCCAAGAGACGUUUCAUUUUGAAGACGUGUGGUACCACCCUCUUACUGCAAGCACUGGUUCCCCUGUUGGAGCUUGCCAGGGAGUACAGUGGGUUUGACUCAAUUCAGAGCUUCUUUUAUUCACGUAAGAAUUUCAUGAAGCCUUCCCACCAGGAGUACCCACAUAGGAAUUUCCAGGAAGAAGUGGAGUUUCUUAACGAAAUUUUCCCAAAUGGAGCAGCUUAUUGCAUGGGGCGUAUGAACUCUGAUUGCUGGUACCUGUACACCCUGGAUUUCCCAGAGAGUCGGAUAUCCAAUCAGCCUGAUCAGACACUGGAAAUUCUGAUGAGUGAGCUUGACCCAGUAGUUAUGGACCAGUUCUACAUGAAAGAUGGUGUUACUGCAAAUGAUGUCACUCGUAUGAGUGGAAUUCGUGACCUGAUACCAGGUUCUGUUAUUGAUGCUACAAUGUUCAAUCCUUGUGGGUAUUCAAUGAAUGGGAUGAAAUCGGAUGGAACUUACUGGACUAUUCACAUCACUCCAGAACCAGAGUUUUCUUACGUUAGUUUUGAAACAAACAUCAGUCAAACCUCCUAUGAUGACCUGAUCAGAAAGGUUGUAGAGGUUUUCAAGCCAGGAAAAUUUGUGACAACCCUCUUUGUUAAUCAGAGCUCUAAAUGUCGUACAGUGUUUUCUUCUGCCCAGAAGAUUGAAGGGUUUAAACGUCUUGAUCACCAGAUUGCCCAGUUCAGUGAUUACAACUUUGUGUUCACCAGUUUCACCAAGAACCGGCAGCAGCAGCACAGCUGAUUAGGAAUGAAGAAAAAGCGCAAAAAGAAAUCCCGUGGAGGAGGAGGUGGUGGUUGCUUUCUAGGGAAUGAUUCAGGGGGCCAUGCUUUCCACUCCCACCACCUCGUAGUUGUGGAAAGCCCUAGGUGUAAUCAUAGUAUAACCAUUUUGAAUUGUAUGCAUUAUUAUAUCAAGGAGUUAGGUAUCUUGCAUGAAUGCUCUCUUCUGUGUUUAGGUACUCUAUGCCACUCUUGCUGUGAAAUUGAAGUGCAUGUAGAAAAAUCUUCCUGUAUGAAACUUUACAACACUUGUAAAAAUGAUUCAGGUAGAAUGACACACAGUGUAGUUUUUCUCCAGGUAUCACCAAAAAUUCCCCACAGACAAGGCUUCCGUCCUCAUUAGACUGGAGCCUCACCCUGCUCACUGGGGACAGGUCUGUUCAAUUGUCACUUUUUUCAUCUGUGUUGUGAUUUCAGUCUAAAACAGUUUUCGACAAACUUUCAUGAUUUCUAAUGAAACUUGAUUCCUAAUUAACACUUUCAUGUUUUGGAGAGAGUUCUUAAAACAGUUAAAAAUCGUUUUGCUAAUUCAGCUGGUGGUUGAUUUAUUUUUAAAUCAGACUGACUUGCCAUGCUCUGCUCAAGCUGACAGGAGCUUGCUCAGCUCUGCUGCAGCACUGGGCUAAUGCAUCUUUCAGCUUGAGGAACCUGGGUACUAAUGCAGGUUAAAUUUCGUCUUGCCUUGAUGCUGGUCUGUCUGCCCACAGCCCCAGGCUGUCAUGCUGCUGCUGCACAAUGGCAGAACUUAAAGAAGGUCCAAGACUUGAGAGAGGAAGAGCUGAGUCAGGAUCCCAGGGCUAUGGCAUAGCUGUGUGACAGCAGAGCACAAGGUCAUGUUGGCACCAGGCA